UGCCCGUUAACGAGGAAAACACAUAGGAGUUGUAAUCACAUUUGUCACGAAGCAAGAGCGGCCGACUGACCUUCGAGAUAAGAAAUCGACGAGGUUGAGUAAUGUUGGCGUUAAUAUGUCUGGUGUUGCUUGCCCUUCUACCCCACGAGGCGUUAUCAACACUCAAACAGAUCAAACCCUGUCCGGGAGACACUAGGGGCGACAGGCGUUGCAAUCACGACUCGACUCAUCGAGUCUGUGCCAAGAUUGGAGAUCCAGGCACGUCAUUUUGGAAAUUUACUCAACAAACAUCUUGGUGUGGGUCAGUGAGUGAUUACGGUGAUGUUAAUGAUGGAAAACAGAGAUGUCCCCUUGACACUCCAACUUGGUGCAUUUGUAAGUGGGCCACCGCUAAAUGGAUCAAGGGAGAGGGUUGUAAUGAACACGUUCAGUUUGACUGCGAGGCUACUGAUGUGUGUGACUUGAAGGCCUCCUACGUUGAUUACAGCGUAGAUUUGAAACCCGCUCAUGACUGCAUGAUGAAGAAGUGCAAGGAGCAGUGGGAUUCUUGUCCGGAAAGUGCACCCGAAACCAGGUCUUAUCACACUCGAGACUUCUUAGAAGUUAGAGAUAUACAAUCGUAGGUCUUAUUUAAACGUUAGACGAGAAGUGCAGGAGAUGUUUGUUAAAAGUGUGGUGGAAAGAUGUUAUAAAAUACUGAGGAUUGCAACUUGCAUAGCAAUGAAUACUGUGCUUAAGAAUAUGCUUUAGUAUUGAAUUAAUAAAAAUGAACGUUAGUAGACGCGGGUAUAAUUUUAAUCCCUGCAGAAAAGUUUAAAAUCUUUGCGAUGUUUUCGGAUGUGUU